UCUGUAGAUUAUUCUGAAUGAAGAGAGAGAACGGUGAAGAAGAACGAGCGGGGAGCAAGUUUGACGAGGAACACUAGUUUUUCAUUGGGGUGUCAGAAGCGGAGGAGCCGCAGCUAGAGAGAGUUGCUGCACCCGCAGCUUUUGUGUUGAGCCUGACUCAGUCUUUUCGUGACUGUCCGAACAUUGAUAUGUGUAAGUUUUUGCUGGCAAACGCUUCGUUCAAUUCAGUGUACUCCAGUUCUCAGCUACAGGCAAUCUUUGUGUCACCCUCGGGUUCUUCUCUUCAUGUGUCCCUGGAGCUGAAGUAUAAAUAGUCCACUUUGGUUUCUGCGUGGUAUCAAAUUGUUUCAUCGUUGUGCUGAGAAUCAGAAAUAGGCUCGGGUUUGUGUUGAAACAUAGAACGGGAGGAUUACCAGUCUUCCACAAUCUUUUGUCGGAGUUUUGAUUUGGCGAUCAAGUUCAAAGGCACAGAAUGGCUGCAAAUUCUGAGAAUUCUACAUGCAAUAGUGAUCUGACUGAGGCUACGGCUGAUUCAGCUCACUUAGACGGAAGCAACGAGUACGACAUCUCUGACAUCGAUCCAUACUUCAGUGGGGAAAUUCCAGAUCAGAACAAAAUCGAUAAGCUGAAUAAAAAUCUUCUCAUUUUGGCUACCAUACUUCCCACAGUACCAGCUGUUGAUGAGAUGUCAAUCAUCGAUACCACCAUCGAAAGCAUCAUCAAGCUGCAACAGACAAUCCAGGAGCUCCAGAGAGAAGCUCAGAUGGCUGAUUCUGGCAAGAAUAAGGUUCACACUUGUAAUAACUACCACCGAUCCAACUGACUUGAGAAAGCGAAGGUGUCACUCGAACUCUUUAAUGGACCGUAAAUCCCUAACCUAGUUGUUAUUCAAUGUAUGAUCUUAAGAUUGUAGUGAUGCAGGGUCAGAAAACUAGCAUCAAAUCGAGACGUCUCUGUAGAUCUCUCGGUGUAGGGUCCCAUGUACAUCCAUGUUUGUACUUCAAUGUCCAUAUUUGUCCAUACUUUUUGUGGAAUCGGACUGUAUAUGGAUUCAA